AUGUCAGGGUUCCAGCGAAUCAAAGUGGAGCACCCCGUGGUGGAGAUGGAUGGGGAUGAGAUGGCCCGGGUUAUCUGGGCGAUGAUAAAGGAGAAGCUGAUUUUGCCCUAUCUUGAUAUUCCGUUGAUGUACUACGACCUGAGCAUCGAACAUCGCGAUAAGACUGAUGACCAGGUCACGGUAGAUGCUGCCCUUGCCAUCAAACGCCAUGGCGUUGGUGUAAAGUGCGCGACCAUCACACCAGAUGAACAGAGAGUAAAGGAGUUCAAUCUCAAGAAAAUGUGGAAAUCGCCAAAUGCAACAAUCCGCAAUACACUGGACGGCACCAUUUUUCGAGCUCCAAUUAUAAUUAAAAACGUCCCGCGCCUAGUACCUUCGUGGACGAAGCCUAUCAUCAUCGGCCGCCAUGCUCACGCUGACCAAUACAAAGCACUUGAUUUCACUGUGGACAAACCCGGUCGGUUCGUGAUGAGCUUCGUACCUGCUGACAAAUCUGAGCCGGAGGUGCAUGAAGUAUACGAAUUCAAAGGCGGCGGCGUUGGCCUCGGAAUGUAUAACACGGAUGCAAGUAUCACGGGGUUUGCGCACGCGUGUUUCCAGUACUCCCUGGACCAGAAAAUGCCUCUGUACUUGAGUACGAAAAAUACGGUCCUCAAAAAAUAUGAUGGACGGUUCAAGGACAUCUUUCAAGCAAUUUACGAGAAGGAGUACAAGCAGAAGUUUGAGGAGGCUGGAUUAUGGUACGAACACCGCCUGAUCGAUGACAUGGUCGCCCAAGCGAUCAAAAGCUCUGGCGGCUUUGUUUGGGCGUGCAAGAAUUAUGAUGGAGAUGUUCAGUCAGAUGUGGUAGCCCAGGGAUAUGGAAGUCUGGGUUUGAUGACAAGUGUGCUCGUCUGUCCGGACGGUAAGACAAUUGAAGCAGAGGCAGCCCAUGGCACCGUCACGCGGCACUACCGACAGUACCAAAAGGGUAUCAAGACAUCAACAAAUCCAAUAGCCUCUAUUUAUGCGUGGACACGAGGCCUUAGCCAUCGAGCUAAACUUGACAACAAUCAGAAGCUUAAGGAAUUUGCCCAAGCCUUGGAAGAGGCUUGUGUAGAGACCGUGGAGGCAGGCUUUAUGACGAAGGAUUUGGCAUUGGCCAUAAAAGGAGACAGCCUGACUGAACAGGACUACCUGUGCACAGAUGAGUUCAUGGAAAAACUAGCGCACAUGGCGGAGCGCAAACUUGUGGAACGACAAAUCAUAACCAAAGCGUAA